AUGCCAAUCCUCCAAAUCCUCACCUUCACCCUCCCUUCGCCCUCGGAGGCGGAAGCCUCAGCACACACGGCGCUCUCCUCGCUCAAAAACGCAAAAGCGCCCGGAAACUUCGUUCUCGGCACCCGCACAUCCGACAAAUCUGCCUUGCAGCUAACAUCGGAAUGGCACGAUCCGGCCGCUGAAUUCACGCCCGAAGCAACCAGCUACCGACAAACCGUCCUUUCCACCCUGGGAACACCAAAAUCGCUCUUCCAUGUCUCCCUCUCCGGCUCCUCGGCGGUCUCUGCGUUCGCGUCUGGCAGCGAGGGCCCCAUGGCGAGUCCGCUGGUGGAAUACGUUCAGAUUUAUUUUCCGAGCGGGAUGGUUGAUGAGGCGUUUCAGGAGAAGAUUGAGAGUGAGUUUAGGCAAUUUAACGAGAUUUGUAUGAAGGUUGUGAGGGGAAAUGGGGGGUUGAGGUAUGGGUGGGUGAUGGAGGAGCAGGAACAUGAGGGGAUAGAGGGGGGUAAGUGUCGGUGUUUUUUUGUGGCGAGGGGGUGGGAGGGGAUGCAGUUUUUUGAGGAGGUUGUGAAGACCAAGGAGUACGGGGAGGCGGUAAAGAUUUUGUUGGGGUGGGAGGCGCCGUGGGAGCUUUGGCAUGUUAAGAGAGAGUUUUAG